AGUGCGGGCCUCAGUUGACAGUUGAGUGCCGUGAGCGUUGGACGCGACACACCGCUCCCUCUCCCAACCCUCGACGCCUCUCGCACACACCGCUCAAGAUGAGGGAAAUCGUACACGUGCAGACCGGCCAGUGUGGCAACCAGAUUGGCACCAAGUUCUGGGAGAUCAUCAGCGACGAACAUGGGCUGACUGCAGCAGGAACACUCCGAGAGAAUGUCCCGCACGACGUGAGAGAGCUACAGCUGGAGAGGAUCAACGUCUAUUAUAGUGAGGGUGCCCCAGGAAAAUAUGUGCCCCGAGCUGUCUUGGUGGACUUGGAACCUGGCACCAUGGACUCUGUCAAGGCCGGCCCUCUUGGAGAACUCUUCAAACCCAGUCACUUUGUUUUCGGUCAGUCGGGUGCGGGCAACAACUGGGCGAAGGGUCACUACACGGAGGGAGCGGAGCUGGUGGACUCUGUGCUAGACGUGGUGAGGAAGGAGGCUGAGAACUGUGACUGCUUGCAAGGGUUCCAGCUAACCCACUCCCUGGGCGGCGGCACGGGCUCCGGCAUGGGCACCCUCCUCAUCUCCAAGAUCAGAGAGGAGUUCCCAGACAGAAUCAUGAACACUUUUUCAGUCGUCCCGUCCCCAAAGGUCUCCGACACAGUUGUAGAGCCAUACAACGCAACACUCUCCAUCCACCAGCUCGUAGAGAAUACUGACCAGACUUAUUGCAUUGACAACGAGGCCCUCUACGACAUCUGCUUCCGUACACUCAAACUGGCCAACCCUACCUAUGGCGAUCUUAACCACCUGGUAUCCCUCACAAUGUCAGGUGUAACUACCUGCCUUCGCUUCCCUGGACAGCUCAACGCCGACCUCAGGAAACUGGCCGUCAACAUGGUACCCUUCCCUCGUCUGCACUUCUUCAUGCCAGGAUUUGCGCCACUCACCGCUCGUGGAUCCCAACAGUACCGUGCCCUUACUGUCCCUGAACUCACCCAACAGAUGUUCGAUGCUAAGAACAUGAUGGCCGCCUGCGACCCCCGCCACGGACGCUACCUUACUGUCGCUGCCGUCUUCAGAGGCAAAAUGUCCAUGAAAGAAGUUGAUGAACAGAUGUACAAUAUCCAAAGCAAGAACUCUUCCUAUUUUGUCGAAUGGAUCCCCAAUAACGUCAAGACAGCAGUAUGUGAUAUUCCUCCCAGAGGCAUCAAAAUGGCCUCUACCUUCAUUGGCAACUCCACCGCAAUCCAGGAACUGUUCAAGCGCAUCUCUGAACAGUUCACAGCUAUGUUCAAAAGGAAGGCUUUCCUCCACUGGUACACGGGCGAGGGAAUGGACGAGAUGGAGUUUACUGAAGCAGAGUCCAACAUGAACGAUCUGGUCUCAGAGUACCAGCAGUACCAGGAGGCCAGCAUUGAUGACGAGGAAGAUAUUGGGGAGUACGAGGAGGAUGCUGAACAUGACACAGCUUAAAUCAUCAUUCCAAGUGGCCUUUGAUUUGACCUACAGUGGUCACUCGUAUACCACAGGUAAUCAAAGGCAACUUGGCCAGGGUAGAGGAGUUGGGUACAUGUUAUAUAUUCAAGCUCAGGCCUAAGACUUACCUGGGCAUGAACUUAGCACAUUUCCCAUGGCCUCGACCUGGUCUGAACAUCACCUACCAAUAUCAUUCUCCUGAGAUACCUUUACAUCUUUUUGGCAACUGAGUCUAUGCAGUUACUAGUCCUAUCGAGGGAGCCUCGAACUAAAUCGCCCUCCAACGACCCGACGACAGCACUAACAAGUCUACAGGAGCAACACCUGAUCCUUUCUACUAGCCUGUAUUGCCACUGGCGGACCCUCAGGGUGUCAUACCUUGCCAGCUGUCUGACCCUCCCUGUCAUCCCUGCAACAUCACUAGCCAUUUGUGCAAGUCUGUCCCUGCAAUGCGGAAUGUCCGCCGGGAAGGCCAUUUUUACAAAUGAGGAAAUUGUAAGAGAUGGUGACAGCAAAUCGAGGUAGCGACGUGACCGCCAGCUGGAAGGGGUGACAGUAAAGGCUGGGGUCCCCUCACUGAGUGACCACUUUUCUUGUCUGCUCAACAGUAACACGUCGGAGGUUAACGAUGCUUCACUCACCCUGCUGCAGGAGUUAUCCCGUUUGUCAUUUCUUCUGCCCACUCCACUCUUCAGUCUGUCAUCUCUUGCGUCCCUGUCUUUGUAUCAGCCCCAAAAACACCUUGUCAUUUAUUAUAAGAUUUUGUUGAGAUUAUAGAUUUAUAUAGCUUUUAUACGAAUUCAAUUAUUCCCGUUCAAGCUGCACCUGACUUUCUUUUGAGCCACUGUACCGUGAUGGUGGAGGGAGGCAGCGCUUGAUAUCACAGGUGGGGAGCGUGGCUUGCUGGGUGGCACCCCGGCUGCUCAUUACCAUAUCUCACCUCUCAGGUGCCGCCCUCAUGCCUGUCUGCCCCGAAUCUCAACACUGUCACCCACGGCUGGUAAUCCAGGCGAUCUAUCCUUGCCCGCCUAGACCAUAAGUCUUCCCCCCGCCCACAGUCAACUACAGGCCCCUAACCCCUUUGCUCACGCUGGUAUCCCAGUCUCCCCGCUUGCUUAUUCUCAUGGAGGGUUCAAGGCUGUAUACCCCUCGCCCAUACAGUGAUAAACAUCUAGGGACUACACCCAUGCCCGCCUACCCUCGGCCUCUCCACAUUCCUCCCCUACUCAGAGCUACAAGUGUGGGUGCAGGGCGGCACCCACAGACAGCCUCGGCCCACAUCACGCCCUCGCCAGUCUAACACGGCACAAAUAAAGUCACAAAAUUCA